CUCCUGCUCCUGCUGCUGCCUCUGCUGCGGCUGAAUGGUCUGUCAUCACUUGAACAGAGCUGCGAGGGUUCAGAGGAACUGCAGUUCUGGAGAUGGAGCACUGCUAAGUGGUUUCCCUGUCAAACAAAGUAGACGAGAAUUUCUGCAGCUUUGGGAACUUGGACUUCUUACUGCUUCAUCCACCCGGGGAAGCAAGCAGCGCAACAGAAGAAGAAAGGGCAGAGAAGCACUGUCAUAAAGGCAGGGCGCUGGGCAGAAAAUGUUUUGAGAAGUGUUGUUGCAGAAAAACUUCAUACCACUGAAGAUGGAGAACGAGACAGUCAGUGAACUGAACCAAACACAGCUGCAGCCACGAGCGGUGGUGGCCCUCGAAUACCAAGUGGUCACCAUCUUACUUGUGCUCAUUAUCUGUGGCCUGGGCAUCGUGGGCAACAUCAUGGUAGUCCUGGUGGUCAUGAGAACCAAGCACAUGAGGACCCCUACAAACUGCUACUUGGUGAGUCUGGCAGUCGCCGAUCUCAUGGUGCUGGUGGCUGCGGGCCUGCCCAACAUCACAGACAGUAUCUACGGCUUCUGGGUCUAUGGCUAUGUGGGCUGCCUGUGCAUUACGUACCUCCAGUACUUGGGCAUUAAUGCAUCCUCCUGUUCCAUCACAGCCUUCACCAUUGAGAGGUACAUAGCAAUCUGUCACCCCAUCAAAGCCCAGUUUCUCUGCACGUUUUCCAGAGCCAAAAAGAUCAUCAUCUUUGUCUGGGCUUUCACCUCCGUUUACUGCAUGCUCUGGUUCUUCCUGCUGGAUCUCAACAUCAGCACCUACAAAGAUACGAUCGUCGUCUCCUGCGGCUACAAGAUCUCCAGAAAUUACUACUCACCAAUUUACCUAAUGGACUUUGCUGUCUUCUAUGUGGUGCCGAUGAUUCUGGCCACUGUCCUCUAUGGAUUCAUAGCUAGGAUCCUCUUCUUAAAUCCCAUUCCUUCAGAUCCUAAAGAAAACUCUAAGACAUGGAAAAAUGACUCACUUCAUCAGAACAAGAAUUUGAAUUCCAAGGCCUCUAAUAGGUGUUUCAACAGCACUGUAUCUUCAAGGAAGCAGGUCACCAAGAUGCUGGCAGUGGUUGUAAUUCUGUUUGCCCUUUUAUGGAUGCCCUACCGGACUCUUGUGGUUGUUAAUUCAUUUCUCUCCAGUCCUUUCCAAGAAAAUUGGUUCUUACUCUUUUGCAGAAUUUGCAUUUAUCUCAACAGUGCCAUCAAUCCAGUGAUUUACAACCUCAUGUCCCAGAAAUUCCGAGCAGCCUUCAGAAAACUCUGCAACUGUAAACAGAAGCCGCCGGAGAAACCCGCUAACUACAGUGUGGCUCUGAAUUACAGCGUCAUUAAGGAGUCAGAUCACUUAAGCACGGAGCACGAUGAUAUCAUGGUCACUGACACUUAUUUGUCUGCCACGAAAGUGUCUUUUGAUGACACCUGCUUGGCUUCUGAAAUAACUUUCAGUCAAAGCUGAUUCAUGAGUUAGAAGAAAACGGACCACAAAGGAAAUCUGUGUAGUUAUCAACCCAAGCGUGGAAAAGGCCAAUACUCACAUGUGAAGACAGCAGAUAAAAUCUUUUCCAGUGUUCUAACAAAUCCCGGCCCAAGACAGUUUAACCCACAGAAUGAUUUAUGUUCCCCUUCUGGAAUCACAAAGCUAAUAUCAUAAAAUAUGAAGCAGAUCUGUGAAGUAGCCAAAGGCUGACAGUCCAAAGGGCAGCCCUUUCUCACUGAGAAAUUUAUUUUAUUUGGAGGGACUAUGGAGCUUAGAUAAAAUCUAGAGAUCAAUUUACGUUAUCUAUAAUAGCUCUAUUAAAUAUGAUUUCUCAACUGCUCCCCCAAAUUAUUUAUACAUAAGGUGAGGUAAAACUAGGUUUACAGUUGUUUAUAUGGAAAAUAAUACAAUAAUUAAUAAAUAAUAAUACGAGAGUAAACUCUGUUUCCCGUAUUUACAACUGUAAACUUACUUUUGCUACCCCCGUCUUUGGUAAUUUUACAAAAUGCAAAUGUUUUGCAUUUAGCACUUCAACAAAGUACAAUGUUAUAUCAUGGAUAUCUGAGACUACAGGAAAAAAUACAAAAAAUAUUUUACUUCUUGAGUAAACAUGAGAUUUCAAACCAAUAUGUACUAUACUAAAACAAAUACAAAAGCAAAUAUCAUAAUGCUUAUAAAAUUUUGAGAUGACUUUUAUAUCUUACAAAGUAGAUAGUCAUCAUUUCAACUUUAAUGUAAAAAAGGUUACAAAACAGCCAAAAUUACAAAUUAUGAGGACAUGUAGAUUUAAUUUUUAGAUGUAUCCAGUUCUUACCGACUCUUCAAGCUUCCUGAUGGAUGAGACACAAGAAUUAUUCAGAUUAAAUAACUUUGAAGAUAAAAACUAACACACGAUUAAUAUUGAAAAGUAUAGUCAAGACAAGACCAAGUGUUUAAAAUAGGGUUUUACUUUUCUCUGAAACUUUUAAGAAAGAGAAUCUUUUUUGAGCAAGCAUUGUUGUGUAUAAAUUACUGAGCCAUGUCAAGUGACUAAGUCCUUCUAACUGAAUCUGGCUUAAAAGUCAGAAUGUUACUUGCUGUUACAUAUGUACUUACUUACUUACCUGCUAAAGUCAAAAGCUUACUUGCUGUUCUCAAAGUCUAACUACAACACUCCCAGAUAAAGACACCCACCCCUCUGAGCAUUGUGUGGAGCCUACAGACUUUAACUUGUCUACAAUUGUUUGUCCUUUCUGCCUGCUUGUUAUUUGUAGAUUCUUUAUCUUUUUUCAAAUGCUUAGUGAUAUUUUGUUUAUAGAGUCUAAAUCAGAGCAAUGCAAAAUGUUGUUGGUUUUAUUUCCUACACAGAGAAAACUGAUUUCGACUCAUGAUCAGUAUCUCUUUAGAGUUAUGACUUACACCUGCUAUUUUAUUCCAGUGGUUAUAUGAGAGAAGUAGGAAUGUGAAUUUUCUCAGGACAUAGUCUUACUUUAAGUCCUUCCAAAAGACUCACCUGCUGAGAUUUGGCCAAUCAGCAUCUCCAAGUGUAUACAUUACACUUGGCAAUGACUCAGUGAUAGCUGAUUUUUAAUGACUGAGUCAGAAAGUCCUGGGUACAUUUAAGUGUUCCAUAGGCUGGAAUUUCGCCUCUCCAGCCUGUGUCCCGUUUUGUGCUUUUUUUUUUCUGGAAUCUAAUCAUUAAUGAAAAUCACCCUACCCCGCCUUUCUAAAUGAAGAAUACACCAUUCUGUUUGGGAAACUCCAGGUUUAAAAUGCUGUUUCAUGGAGACUUUGCCAUCCAGAACUUCAUUCGAAAUAUGCUUCUGUACAAAUCGGCCUCAUCUACUCCGGGAAGACAUUCUUAUCCUGUCCCUGUGUCAGUAAACAAGUGCAAGCAAAUAUUUAUAUACAUACCCUAACAUCUGUCUGCAUGACACUAAGAAAUCUAUUUUAACUGACUUGCAUCUGGGUUGAAUGUUAAUCUUGGAAGCAUGUAGAGAGAUCACCAACUCCACACCACACAAGCACAUGGGCAGGUGCAUAUAAACACAGACACGCAUAUAAAUAAAUUGCUUAACAAAAGGGAUUGGACCAUAUUAGAUUUUUUUCCAUUGGGAUAAGGAACUUAUAUCAUUGAACUUCUAACGAUGUCUCAGGCAUGCUGCUAGGUCCUUAGCCAACGUUAUCUUCACCACAAUCUCACUGCGGCUGUAAUGUCUCUUAUGAUAAGACCAAACAUCAAGGAUCAAGACAGCUUCCCUAAAUUGUGUAGCUAUUAGGGAGAGAGAAUAUGUCUCUUUUUUAAGCCAGCAUGCUUAUUAAAAUUCUUGUAGCCUAAAGGCUUAAAUAAUAAAAUAUAUAUAUAUACUUCGUAGGAUGGUAGUAUCAUAUGUUGAGAAAAUUACAGUUUGUCUUACAUGUUAUACACAGAACACAUUAUACCUCUCCCACCUUUGGAAAUUUAAUAUCUGAGCCCAGUUUUUCCAUUUUAAUUUUUUUAAUUAUUUGCUUAUAAUUAGUUUUCGAGCACAAAGGAAAUGCAGAAGAGCACAGUUCACAGUGUCUCAACUCUAAAGCAAAUGCCAUAGCAAAAUUAAAUGUUCCUGUGCAAUGUCCAAUAGGUGUUUGGGUUUACACAGAAGACAUAUGGCUUUCUUUCUCACACUGUACUAAAUGGUAAAGAAGUUCCAUGAAGAAUCAAAACUUAAUAUACCAUCAAAUGAAAAAUUAAGAGCUAAAUUAAAAACUGCUGCUGGAGUGAAAUAACAUUAUUAAAGGCUUCCCUUAAUAUAAUUCCUUGAGUUGUUUUACCCCAAUUUCAUUAGUUGCUGAGUGUCUUCAGUUAGAUCUUGCACUUGAGAUAAUGAGGUAAAAGUCACAGAUCAUGAAUAAAACAAGCAAACAUAAACUCCCUCCUAAGACUUCACCAUCAGUAUUGUGAAUAUAUCUCUGGAGCUUCACUCAAUACAACUACCGUAAAUACUGGAAAGAAAUGGGAAAAAUCUAAGUUAGAUUCAGUCUUAAACAGACUAAAUGCACAGAACAAUACAACUUGACAAUGUUUGAAACAAAAGGAUGGUUUGAGCUAAACAAUUAGUACAGACAAAGGAAAACUGUAGCCAUGAAACUUAGUUUUGUAUAACUAAAUCUUAAAUGGACACUGUUAAAUUUUCAGAAGAAUGUGUUGGAAUAACAAGACAAUCUGUCAAUGAAGCUGAGUCCACACAGCGCUGGACCACUCUUACAGAAGAAGAGCUCAUCAUUCUGAACUAUGUGACAUCUGUAAACCUGACAGAAGAGAGAGAAUAUUAACUUUCUGGAGGAAAAGGAUAUUUUAAAUAGUUUACCCAUGACCCUGAGAACUCUAUAAAUAUUACAUCCCAAAUUAAAGAAUGGAGUAAGAAUAGAGUCAGGAAACUAGAUGUGAAUGAGAGAGUGCCCAGAAACAACUAGUCAGUCCUAAGCUCAAAGAAAAGUUUUUCAAAUGUUUGGAUUCCCUUGUUCCCCUUGGAAGAAGCAGAGGAUGAAAACCUUUAGCAAUUUAUUUUCUACUGAUGUUCAGUUGUCUAUUGUAAACAUCCACCAAAGCCAAGAUUUGGCUGAGUAAAUAUGUUUUCAGAGUAAUGCACAUGAAGAAGACUUACAGAGCUGUGUAGAAGAUAAACGUAGUUUUUUUUCUUUCCCUCCUCCCCUAUCAAACUCUUACCCCUGUAUAAACAUCACCUCUUCCUCAGAGCAGGUAGUUUCAUUUGACUUCAUUUAAGAUAAAACCUGGAUGUGUAAAAGUGUAAAUAUUCUUUCAACUGUAUUUAUCUACAAGAAAAUAUUUUGCUGUUCUGAACACUGUCAUGUUUUCAUAAAAUCAUAUUUAAAGUAUGGAAAAACUGAUGCUUAUAAAAUCUCUAACUUAUAUCCUUGUUUUCAGUGGGGGUCAUUUGCAGAGUGAAGCCAGCUACUCAGCGUGGAUUGUCCUUCUCCCCCCAAAAAAGAGGUUUGGUGUUUCAGAAGUUUCCAUGAGAAACCAGUAAAAGAGCACUCAAUGUGUGCAAAGUCAUUGCAGAACACAGAGGUCUCUUCCCAUCCUUGAGGAGCUCACAGUCCAUAAAAAAAUACAUAUAUGAUACCAUUUCAAGAUAAAUGGCAACAUCUAGAGUUUAAUUAGAGAUGUCAUGUUCUAAAAAAGCAAUUGUUAAAAAUUUUAGAUAUGUCUUAAAAUGACUUUUAAUAUAAAGAUCAUUUAAGUACUGUAAUUCUAUUUUAUGAACGAUAAUUAGAUAUAUCGAGUCAUUUAAUUCUUAACUGCACCAAUUCCACAGGGGAAAAAAGGUCAGAUAACACCCUGCGAUAUUUUUGUUCAUAUGUUUGGUCUAUAUAAGUAUAAUCUCAAAUCGCCCCGCAGAAAACCUCACUUACGUGAGUUGCACAUUGGGGAACAGUUUGGUUACCAAGAUGGCUAGCACCAAAUGGACCAUGCUGGUAGAAACUAGUCCUAUAUGGUUCCGAUUUUAAUAUUCAAAUACUCUCUUUUGAGAAGAGUGGCUGUGCACGUGUGUACACAACGCUGGCAGGCCUGUUUUACGUUCCUCUACACCAAGCCCACUCGCGGUCAAUCCAAUCUGAGGUGACUGAUUGAUGUUUUAGAAAUUACAUCUGGAAACACAGGGGGCAGCGUGAAACAGUACAGCUGGGACAGCACAUUGUCAGAGCUGUCAAGUCUGGAUGCAGCAAGAAAACAAGACAGUUUUACGGCCCAUAAACAGCAAAUCCACAGAAUGAUUGCCUGCUGUCCUCACAGAGGAGCAUCUGGGUCGAGUCCAUACUACAGGCUCUCCACUGCAAUAAUGGAAAUGAAUGCACUUUGAAACUAUAAAAGUUAAAAGGACAGGAUAAGCAAUAGAGCUGGCUAGAGCUUCUGUAACUUAUAUGAGCCCCAAAGCAACACCACCUAUAAGUGACUAUUUUGUUCCUCAGAGAAUAAUAGACUAUUUUUUAUGCAAGUGGCUCUUCUCUGACUUGCAAAAGAAAAAAAAGAGAGAACAAAGCUUCUCAAGAAUAUCAUGGACUGAUAUAGAUAAGACGGAGACUUUCCAGAAAAAAAAAAAAAAAAGAAAACCCAGCACGGCAGUAGAAUGAGCUGCCACCUACCUGGAGGUCUGAAUUCAGAAGCCGGCAAGAACCGUUUCUAUAUUAUUGAAAGGGCAUGCAAGGGCUCCUCCUCCAGGAAGGAGGCCAAAUGUUUACUCCCUUGCUGGGAAGGAUGGACCACUCCCACUUUGGUAAACACGAGAAUUAUUGGGGAGCUUAUCUUAAAGUGAACUUUAUUUGACCUUGCCCCAAGAGAUUCUCAUUUAUUAGGUGAUUUUGAUUGACGCGUGUGUCUGACCACACCUUGAAAGCUACCGACUGCUGAUCCCCCAUAUAGAUGCUUGAAGUCUCUUAUACACAAUUCUUAAUAAACAAACUCCAUGGACAAAUCCUUGAGGUGAAGUCUAUUUCAUCUUUGUAUUUCACAAACUAUCUAAACUUGGGUGACAUCUGCAAGUAUCUGUUCAAUGAAUGAAUAAAUCAGCGAAUCCCAAACUAGGGAAUGCAUUUUGAAAUCUGCCGAAGCCCAAUUUGCCUAUAGGUCUGUCUGCACAAUCAGAUAACUAGUUCUGUUUGUUUCCUAUUUUUUAAAAAUACUUUUCUCGGCUCAGUGAAAGCCACCGCUUUAAGUGUGCUAGAUCACGGUCAGAAUGAUCCCUCCCGUAGGCACAAUGCUCGACAAUUUCAACCGCACUUUCAAGUCCUAAUUUAAAAGUCAUCUAAUUUAAUAAUGAGAAAAAAAAAGACUACUAACACAUUGUCUCUGCCCUCGAGGAGAUUACGAUUUAAUGACAACAUACAAACUCAGAAACAUAAGAAAUACAAAAUUCAUAAUUGGAAGCCAUAUUCGGUGCUUUCAGAAUUAUAAACAAGUGAGUUCUUCCGAGGAAAAGGUGUCAUCAGUCAGACCUGGAGUCACUAAGGAGGACUUUGUAGAUAGAGAGCAUAGGACUUUUUCCAAAGAUAGAUUUGACUUCGAUAGUUAAAUCCACAUGGGAGAAACAAAAUGAGUGAGGGCAGGGAGACACAAAUAAACCUUAGAGCGAGGCUCUGGACACAAAGAGUGUGUAAAUAUCCAAGGCAAGUCCGUCUCAUGCAGGAGUGAUUGAGACGGGCAGCUUGCCCUUUAGUAUUGCCACCGCCAGUGAAGCCCCAAGUAAAGCACAAGAAAAGAAGGGAAGCACCUGCUGGCACUCACAUUUGGUGAGGAAAUACUCCCCCCGACACUAGACUAUAAGAAACAUAUUGGCCAGCUAUGUUAAUAUUCUAUACUUUGAAUUUCACUUAUUAUCUAUAGAAAAUAUAGUACACUAUUUCUUGUGUGUUAUAAUUCUUAUGGUUUUAAUUUUCCAAG